GAUCACUUCUCUGUUUGUUCAGGCCCUGGACUGUGAGGUGCAAAGCUGAGCCCAGCUCUUCCUGUAUGAACCUGAAACCUCCACUGUAGGUGCUUCACCACAACACCACUUCACCUGGAGGGCCCAGUUCAACCCCUCUCUUUGGUGCCAGGACUUUUAGAGAGACUCAAACAAGGGACUGUUUACUUUAUCUGAGGCGGAAACUAAGUGAGGAAUAUAAUUGCUUUCCCUCUUUUGUGUAUGGCCCUGUGGUCCGGUGUGUACAUGGAAGCUGGACUUUAAGGCACAAGAAUCCCAUUUUUUUGUUUGAGGUGUACAAUAUGAAGGAACUGAGCUAAAGAUGGGGUCUGUAGCAUCAUUUUUUGGACAACUGUUUGGGAAAGAGGAAAAAAGAGAGGAGGAGAGACGUUUGCGAGCUAAUGACAGACCUUUCAACUUGUCUUUCCACUAUGUCAACAAUGCCAUCAAGACCUCCAAAUACAACAUUUUCACCUUCCUGCCUCUCAACCUGUUUGAGCAGUUCAGGAGGCUCGCCAACGCCUACUUCCUGUUCCUCAUGGUCCUCCAGCUAAUCCCUCAAGUCUCCUCUCUCUCCUGGUUCACCACGGCCGUCCCUCUUCUCUUGGUGUUGACUAUGACAGCAGUGAAAGACGCCAGCGAUGACAUAAACAGGCAUAAAAGUGACAAACAAGUGAACAACCGCACCGUUAAUGUCCUGAUCGAUGGAGUACUAAAAAAGGAAAAAUGGAUGGAUGUUCAGGUUGGAGACAUAAUCAAACUGGAGAACAAUCAGUUUGUCACAGCAGAUCUUCUGUUGCUGUCCAGCAGUGAGCCUCUCAAUCUUGUCUAUGUAGAAACAGCUGAAUUGGAUGGUGAAACCAAUCUGAAGGUGAAACAGGCCCUGACUGUUACAGGAGAGCUGGGGGAUAACAUUGAUGCACUGGCUGGCUUUCAUGGUGAAGUGCAUUGUGAGCCUCCCAACAACCGUCUGGACAAGUUCAAAGGAGUCCUGACUGUAAAUGGUCAAACGUACGCUUUGGACAACGACAAGGUGCUGCUCAGAGGAUGUACUCUGAGGAACACAGAGUGGUGCUUUGGCCUGGUUAUCUUCGGAGGUCCUGACACCAAGUUGAUGCAGAACAGUGGGAAGACGGUAUUCAAGCGGACGAGUAUCGACCACUUAAUGAAUGUGCUGGUGUUGUGUAUAUUUGGUUUCCUGGCGUCUAUGUGCAGCAUUUUGACCAUUGGCAAUGCGAUCUGGGAGACGAGGGAGGGAUCAGUGUUCACGGUCUUCCUUCCUCGUGAACCCGGGGUCAAUGCUCCCCUCACAUCCUUCCUUACCUUCUGGUCCUACGUGAUCGUCCUCAACACCGUUGUGCCAAUUUCUCUCUAUGUCAGUGUGGAGAUCAUCCGCCUGGGGAACAGCUUCUACAUAGACUGGGACAGGAAGAUGUAUUACCCCAAGAGUGACACUCCUGCCCAGGCCAGGACCACCACCCUCAAUGAGGAGCUGGGCCAGAUCAAAUACAUCUUCAGUGAUAAGACGGGCACCCUGACACAGAACAUCAUGACUUUUAACAAGUGCUCCAUCAAUGGAAAAGCGUAUGGGGAGCUGUUUGACUUCUCUGGACAACGGGUAGAAAUAAACGAGAAGACAGAGAAAGUGGACUUCUCGUGGAACCAGCUGGCUGAUCCAAAGUUCAUCUUUCAUGACCACAGUCUGGUAGAGACCAUAAGAGAGGGAAACCUGAAGGCUCAGGCUUUCUUCCGCUUGCUGGCUCUGUGCCACACGGUCAUGCCCGAGGAAAAGAAAGAGGGUGAGCUCUACUAUCAAGCUCAGUCCCCGGACGAGGGCGCUCUGGUGACCGCAGCAAGAAACUUUGGGUUUGUGUUCCGCUCACGCACACCGGAGACCAUCAUGGCCUGGGAGAUGGGCAAACAAGUGACCUAUGAACUUCUGGCUGUUCUUGACUUCAAUAAUGUCCGCAAGAGAAUGUCAGUGAUAGUGAGAAGCCCUGAAGGGAAGCUGACUCUUUUCUGCAAAGGAGCAGACACCAUCGUCUUUGAAAGGCUGCACCCCUCUUGUAACAAACUGAAGGAAGUAACCAUCGGACACCUCAAUGAGUAUGCAGGUGACGGCCUCCGUACGCUGGCUCUGGCCUACAAGGACUUGGAUGAGAGCUUUAUGGAGGAGUGGAAGCAGCGACACCACGAGGCCAGCACUGCCAUGGAGGACCGAGAGGAGAAACUAGAUGAACUUUAUGAAGAGAUAGAGAAAGAUCUAAUGCUCUUGGGAGCUACAGCUGUGGAGGAUAAGCUGCAGGAUGGCGUGCCACAGACCAUAGAGCAACUCGCUAAAGCUGACAUCAAAAUCUGGGUGUUGACUGGGGAUAAACAGGAGACAGCGGAGAAUAUUGGCUACUCGUGCAACAUGCUGAGAGAGGAAAUGAAGGAGAUUUUCAUUGUGUCAGCAAAUACAGCUGAGGAAGUCAAAGAGGAGCUACAAAACGCAAGAAGAAAAAUGUGUCCUGAAUCUGCAGAUGAGCCAUCAGUGAUAAAGUCCCGUGCAGGCCUGUUUUGGCUUAAAAAGACUGAGAAUGUGCAGGAUGAGAAGGUGGAUGGAGAAUAUGCUCUAAUUAUAAAUGGACACAGUCUGGCCUUUGCUCUGGAGAAUAACUUGCAGCUGGAGCUCCUUAGGACUGCUUGUAUGUGUCAGACAGUCAUUUGCUGCAGGGUCACCCCUCUGCAGAAAGCCCAGGUGGUUCAGCUGGUCAAGAAGUACAAGCAGGCGAUCACUCUGGCUAUCGGCGAUGGGGCUAACGAUGUCAGCAUGAUCAAGGCUGCUCAUAUCGGUGUGGGCAUCAGCGGUCAGGAGGGCAUGCAGGCAGUUCUCUCCAGUGACUACUCCUUUGCCCAGUUUCGUUACCUUCAGCGCCUCCUGCUGGUUCACGGUCGCUGGUCCUACCUACGCAUGUGCAAGUUCCUACGUUACUUCUUUUACAAGAACUUCACCUUCACCUUUGUGCAUUUCUGGUAUGCCUUCUUCUGCGGCUUCUCUGCACAGACUGUGUAUGACGAGUGGUUCAUCACCUUUUACAACCUGGUUUACACAGCUCUUCCUGUCCUUGGCAUGAGCCUCUUCGACCAGGAUGUGAACGACCGCUGGAGCUUCCAGUACCCUCAGCUCUACACUCCAGGCCAGUUGAACCUGUACUUCAGUAAGAAAGCCUUUGUGCGCUGCAUGAUGCACAGCUGCUACAGCUCCCUCAUCCUCUUCUUUAUCCCGUGGGCCGCCAUGCAAGACACCGUCCGAGAUGACGGCAAGGACAUCGCUGACUAUCAAUCCUUCGCUUUAUUGGCACAGACCUGUCUGCUGGUUGUAGUGAUGCUACAGCUGUGCCUGGACACCCAUUACUGGACAGCAGUGAACCAGUUCUUUGUAUGGGGAAGUCUUGCUGCUUACUUUGCCAUCACAUUCACCAUAAACAGCAAUGGCAUGUUCCUCAUCUUCACCUUUAUUUUCCCCUUUAUUGGUACAGCGAGGAACUCUCUGAACCAGCCUAACGUGUGGCUGACCAUAUUUCUGACUUCCCUCCUCUGUAUUCUGCCUGUGGUGGCUUUCCGGUUUAUUCUUAUUCAGCUCCGGCCGACAGUUAACGACAAGGUGAGAUACAAGGUGCGAAAGGAGCCACUGCCAGCUCCUGCACCUCGCCGCCGACCUGUUAGGCGUGUAAGCACCCGUCGGUCUGGCUACGCCUUCUCACACGCACAGGGCUACGGCGACCUGGUGACAUCUCGGAAGUUCCUGCUGAGACUGCCGCUGAGGCCUCGACCGAGCUUUCUCACCCAGACAGACUCUCCCAUGGCGCAAAAUCAGCCACAACAUUACCGCACCAUCGCAGAGGAGGGGGAGGAGCCUCGGAGUCCUUCACAAGAGGUACGCGGGGACUAAACACUGUAUCAAGCCUGGGAGCAGCAUAAUGAGGAUUUAUAUUGGAGUCCAGCUCACAUCAUUAAGGGGAUGCACAGGGUCAAGUUUACUGUGACUGAAUAUUGUAUUUUUUUUUAUUUGAAAGGAUGAAGGUUUACCUCUCUGUGAAAAUGUUAAACUACACCGUACAUUCACCCUAAAGAGACCAACCUGCUCAUUUUCUAUCUUUUAGAUUGAUACUGGCAAUGUUCAUGUACUGUAUUCUUAGUAGUCCAAAAAGUACCAAAUCACACUUUUCCAUUAAUUUCAGUCCAACUUUACACUAAUGCAUGAAGUCAAAAUUGUGCAACCUGGGAUAGAGCUGCAGAGAGAUUUAAGUGUUGUUGUUUUUUUUUAUAAUGUAGACAUUUAGUACACCAGCUGACUCUAGUGUGCAAGACCUUCAACACACACACAAACAGCCUCUGCUCAUAAAUAAAAAGUAAAGACUGGUGUACUAUUCAAGCUUUGUCAAAAAGGAUCAUUCUGUGAAGGUGUAACAUGCAAAUAGACAGAAAUACUUGAUGCAGUUUAAGGGCCUAAAACAUGUAAUACCUGAAACUACAGACUGAUUUUCUUUGUUUGAUGCACACAAGGUUUUUACCGUAUUGUUUGUGAACUAUCAAUUUUCUUGAAUGUUAAGUUAAAAAUGUAAUGGAUGCUGUUUCUAGAGAAACUACAUUAGAAGACCAAAGUGCCUGUAACGUCAUGAUGAAUAUAAUGACUUUUAUUUGUAUUUGUUUUCCUUGAGUGAUUGUCAAUCCUCAGGUGUCGUUCUCAGAAAGAGAGUGACACCUUGAGAAGGUGAUUUCGCUUUCAUCUGAAAUCUACAAUGAACCUACUUUCACUUUAUUGUCCUUCUUUGUUGAAACUAAGUUUACUACUUCAUGAAAAGUAGCAGAGCUUCAUCCGUUUGUACCAGUUAGUCUCAGUGUCUCAGCAGUACAGCCAGAGGUCAGUGUUGCCUCUGUGUUUGUGCAGAAUGGUGGUUUGAAGUGUCAAACGAGGGACUUUGCAUGGACCAACACAUUACUCUCAGAUCCAGUUUGUUCAGUCCUACAGCAUAGUUAGCUAAAGAGAGAUUUCAUUUUAUUAUGUUGUUAAGUGUCCACAUUAAAAAUCUGUGAAUAAAACAAACAACUUGA